CUAAGAACACUUUAAUUGCAAUAUGCUGGAAGGUUAUUAUGGAUGUUUGUGUCCCCGGGGUCCACUAUCAGUUAGUCCGGGUUAGUUUCUGGUUUCGGCGGUUCCAGCUCGCUUUAGAGCGGCAGCACAGAGAGCUAGCAACGUGGGAUUCAAACUGGAAACACGCCCUCUCAUCAUAGCAACGCUGAUGAAACAGCUGAGAGCGUUUAGUGUUCAACCAGCUCACUUUCUUUGACCAUUUGUGCUUAACAAACUGCUGCCUACAGUAUAAACGCUGACUUGGAUACUUUCGACAUUUAUCACUUCAUCUCUUUUCACUAAGUGAGUCCAACAUGACAACCCAUAAUAUACGGUCAGCUGACAACAUCCCCACUUGGUGAACUGGACAAGAAGUGCACGCAGGAGGAAAAAUGCAGUGCACUCCUGAAUCAAAUGUCUACCAUGCGAGCCGCAAAGGCCAGCACUGUUAUGAAGACUGCGCUGACAGUGGAUACUCAGGUUUAUUCCACAGCCCGCAGAGCAUCUCUGGUGUUGACUCCUGUCGGUCCCCAGUAGAAUUCAGUGAAACACCUAAAGAGAACCUUCGGCUUUCUGUCACACCCAAGGAGAGGACCAGAGAACCAGUGGGCAAAGACUCCAGGGGAACACAGCGGCCAUCAGCAGUUAGCUGGUGUGAAACUCCUAAAGUGUACAAAAGAGAUGCCUCGUUGCGACACCGGCUUCUCACGUGCAAACCUGCCACAGAGGUCAAAGCUGACAACACGAGAUCACCAUGCACCAGAAGGACUGAAUCUGCUAUCGUUGUCCGGUCUGAACACUGGCUCAAUGCGUCGUUUGACUCUCUAGACACUGUGGUGGGAGCUUUCGCAUUAAGCACUCUAAAGUUGGAGCAGGAUCUUCCGCUAUCUGGUCGGAAACGUCGUCUCCUCUUCGCGAGGACCUCGACUCUUGAAGAUGGUAAACUCAACUCUGGUAACCUUUCCAGUUUUGAAAGAAGUGCUUCAUUCUCAGAUGCAGAUUUCAGUGAGAGCAUUUCUGCCUCCGAUCAUACUGAUAUUGAGGCUCCAUGCUUUAUCAAAUCAUCUAAGGAAAGCUCUCAAUCACCGGUCAGCAGUGUGACAAAUAACCUACAUGAAAGCUCAAGUGUCUUGCGCACACCGUCAUCCUCACAUACACCCAAAUAUAUCAGGUCUGUGUGUGAAGACAGUGGUUUUAGUUCCCUGGCGCUUGAUAAAUCCCAAGACUCCUCGGUGGAUCAUGACGGCUCAUUCCUGGAGCUGCUGCUCUCCAAAGGAAACUGUGAAACCCCAAAUGUGGCAGAGGCAAAGCGGUGCUCCCGUUUGCAGCGUCAGCACAGGCUUUCUACACUUAAAGAAGGGGGCUCUCAGUCUGAGGAAGACCCGGCGGAGAGACAGCACGAACAUCUUCAUCAGUGCCACAGCAGUUCUAAAGAGGAUGAGGUUUUUGCUGAUGGUGCCACCCCUCGCAGUGCCCUUUCUGCUAAAUGUGGUAAUAGCAUGACCUCUGAUAGUUUGACCUCUGCAAAACAAGACGAUGCCACCCCUCUAAGAGCAAAUACAACCAAGUCAGAGAGCAUGACACCUUUUAGCACCGCUCCUGCUAAUUCAUAUGUAACUCCUCUCAGGACAACCCCAGUCAACCUCUCUCUGACUCCAGCUUUGCAGCUGGUUCACGCUAUGUGCCAACAGAAAGCCCACAUGUUUGAUGGCCAAAGUCCAAGCUUAAAGGAGCAGCUGAAGUCCACAGCAGCCCUGGCCAAGACCCCGGUGACGUUCAGGACCACCAUGCCAUUGGCAGGGCUGAUCGGCAGGAAGAUGGGCCUGAGGAAGGUGGACAUACUCACAGAGCUGAAGAAGAGGAACCUCAGGCACGUCCUGGGUGUCAUCCUCAGCCACCUGACCCCUAAGAGCAUCUACAUGUGUGGUCAGGUGUGCAAGAGAUGGAACGAAAUCAUCCAACAAGACAAGCGAGCUAGUUUUAAGAGAAGAAGCCACCUGAGUGAAGUGGAGGCUGCUCUCGAGCAUGGUGGUGCUGUCCAUGUCCCUGACGCAGAGACCAGACUUGCUGUGUUUAAGAGGUCGGCCCUCAAGACGGUUCAGGCCCAGUCUAGGACGUCCAGCUUCUGCACCCCGCAGUCAGGAAAUAGCACUUUAACCCCAUCACAGCACAGCGCCUUGAAUUCAGGCAGCAGCCACAAACGGGAGAAAUUUCUAGAGGUUGCCAAAACCCUCUUCAACGACGAGUGCCUCAGGUCUUGCCCUCGAUGUCAGCAUCCCGCAAGGUGUCACUCAGUGAAACAGGAGGGUGUGUGCACCAGAGCCGACUGUGCUUUCCAGUUUUGCACAGCCUGCUUGUGUGCUUUCCACGGCUCUAGAGAGUGUGGCAGCCGGUCUGUAGGCCGCCGCAAGAAGGACACACUUCUUCCUGGAAGCGUUCAAAGCAAGCGAAACGUUAGGAGACUAUGAGCAGAAAGUGAACUGUAUUCCUGUUUGCUAUGCCGAGGUCACUUGAGCAUUUUUUUUCUGCCUAAUAGUGACAACGAGGCUUAGCAGCAAGGAACCUGAUUUGUAGCCAGUACAUGAGAGCAACUUCUGUACCUAUCAAUGUGUCUUUGUGCAUUGUUUUUGUGUCUUUUUAGUGUAUUUUCACACUUUUUUUCAACACAGUUCUUACUUGUGUGUUUUAAUUAUGAAUGUGAAGGAAGUCUCACCAGCAGAACAAUGAUUUUAGUUUGCUGUUGAUGUGCUUUUCCAUGCACAUUGAUCAAUUGUAUGGAAUGUUUUUUUUGGAAGUUUUUGGUUUUCAACUUUUACCAAUGUGUUUUCAGAGCAGUUUUAAAUAAAUUAGAUUUUUUUUACA